UGAAUUUUUAAAAGAUGAAGAAGAUGAAAGUAUACGGCGUAAUUAUUUUUAGCAUAUGUGUGACAUUUGCUGCUAAAGGUGACAAAUGCUUUUCACCUGCUAUUUGUCUAAAAAAUGAACAAGUAACACCGAGCUGGAUUCAAGUUCGUCCUAUUGAACAAUGCCACUGGUCUGUGUCCAAAGGAAAUAUUCCUCUUCAAAAUGAAAACAGUAGAAUGAACAAAACUAUUGAAGAAUUACAAUUAACAAUUCAGCUACAUGAAACAAAAAUGGAGAAAAUGAAAGUGGAAUUUGAAGAGAUACUUGAGAAAUUUAAUGCAUCCAUGCUCUUGCUACAGAAAUAUCAUUCAGAUUGUGACGUUUACUACAGCGGAAUGUGCUUCAAAAUCCCUUUAAAUAAACUGCCCACGAAAAAAAACUUCAACUUAACUCACGCUGUGGAAUUUUGCAAAAAAAUUGGAUGGAAGCUCGCAAGCGUAUAUUCCGUUGAUCAUUACAAUUUGAUUGCAUCGUAUGUUCGUACCAAGAUAUCGUCAUCAAUGUCUUGGACGAUGAUUUGGCUUGGAAUGACUUGGGAUUCCAAUGCGGAAACUAUGCAUUUGUCAAACGGGGAAUUGGCUCCAGAACUUCCAUGGCGUGAAACUAAUCCUUCCAAAAACAUGGGAUGGGAUAAAAUUGGGAUGCUCGUCAAACUGGACGAAAACGCUAUACAAGGAAUAGUGACCGUGCAAUCGGAUAACAUGAGACACGGAGCAUUGUGCGAGAAAUGAAUGAAUUACAAUGCUAGAAUAGAUGUUCAAUUUUUUUUUGUGUAUAAGAAAC